ACAUCUUAUCAAUUUUAAAUAUUUUUUUAUUUAAUAGACGUUAUUUUUGUACAAAUCUGCUGCUUGUAAUUUUUAAAAAUAUUUGUUGUUCAUUUUUGUCUAGAGUUUUUUAAUUUCUAUUAUUAGGUUGUAGAAUUAUUUAAACUUUUUUUUUUUAACUCAAAUCAACGAAACUAAUUUCAGAUUUAUUUUGUAAAACUUUAAAAUAUAAAAUGGAUGAAGAUCAUUUUUGUUUAGAUGAAGACUUCGUAAUUGAUGAAUACGAAAAUUUAGAUGACAAAAAAGACUUAAAUUAUGAUGAAAUAAAUGAAAAACAGUGUUGCUCAUGCAACUGUUUAAAAAUGUUUGAAGAUGAUUUUCGAAUUCGUCUUAAAACAGAAAUGUCGAAGUUAACAAUGUCAGAAAAACGAAUUUAUUUAUUCGCUUUAAUAUCAAUGAACGAACAAAAGAAAUUAAACUACUACGAUAAAGGAAAAUCAUCUAAAUUUUUUCAAUACCGAGUAAAAGAAUUUGGUAUCUUUCGUGAUGUUUGUAAAAACGCAUUUGUUAUUUUACAUGGCACAACAAUGGCUUUGGUACGUAAUUUAUGUCAAAAAAUAAAAGCAAAAUAUUUGUUUCCUAAUGACGAACGUGGUAGACAUGACAAUCAUCUAACUAUAUCUAAUGAAAAAAAAGAAAAAAUCAAAGUACAUUUUUUCUCUAUUUUGGAAUCUCCAUCAAUUUUUAAAUGUGCAAAGAAAAUUGGGCAUCCAAACAUUAGUCAAUUAUGGUUAGAUUUCAAAAAUAAUCAUGGACAUGUCGCUAGAUCUACUUAUACUAAAUAUAUAGCUUCUCUACUAACACCUGAAGUUCGUAUGAAAUAUAUGUGUGCAAAUGAAGCAAGAUUAAUACUUCAAGAGCUAGAGAAAUAUAAUUCAAAGUAGAACAUUAGUUUUAAUUUUAACGUUAAUGUUAAUUUUAACACUGUUAUUCGCUACCGUUCUUUUAACCUAGAAAUAGCUUUGUAUUUAUUUAUCAUAUUACUUCAAGUUGAAUAUCUUUAGUUAAUAUCCUAAGAUAGACAUAACAAUUACAAUAACAUAUCUUUAUUAUUUAAUGUAUAUAUUUCAUUUUGUUCUUGUUAGUUAUAAGUUACCAAAAAUAAUUAUACUUUGAAUUUUAGUAGCAUAAAUAAUUUUUUUUUUUUGAAAUCUAUAUUUUAUGUAUAAAAACUUAAGAAAAUUUGAAGUGUGAUAAAAAUUGUUUUUUUUUUUUAUUAAUUUAAAUACUUUUUUUUUAUGACAUUGAAUUGAAGCCAUGUGCUUCUCUGAUCAAUAUCUAUUGUUUAUGUAUGUCUAUAAUU